AUGUAUGGUUAUAUGAGAAACCUGCUUCUUUUGGAUGAUUUGAACGAGGAUACCAAAGACAAUCGAUUGUUUCGAGGUAGUCCUCCCAGAAAAGGCAAGUUAAAUCAAAAUGGUUUCCGUAGAAAGGGGACGAGCUGGGUGAGAGUAACUUGGUUUGUUUUUAAAAGAGGACCUAUCUUUCCUCCUGGAUCUAACCCUAUUAGACUUGCUGAUGGCACAAGUUGUAGCGGACCAGAAUGUUUUGCUGUUCUCAGGCUUCCCGAUUAUGAUGAUGACGAAAAAGUGAGUUGAUU